UUUCUACCGGACACACUGGAGCUGUUCACGUACCUCAACGGCCCGGAGCCCGUGGCCCGGUUCCAGAGACGAUGCGGACUUUUCCUCGUGGAAGCCGCGCAUUACAGCCGAGCGAGCACGCGCAGCCCCGCGGACCACAGCGACAAACCUGCACGUGGGCGACUUCAGGAAAGAAGACACAACCACAGCCAUCAGCAGCAGCAGGAGCAGGAGCAGCAGCAGCAGCAGCAGCAGGAGCAGCAGGAGCAGGAGCAGCAGCAGGAGCAGGACAACAAUUCAAACUACAGAGACAAGGACAGAGGAUGUGUCGAUGGUGGCUGCAGCAGACCUCAGUACGAGGUGAGGAACUGGCUGCUGCACGUUCUCUUCCUCUUGUCGUCGGGCCUGGGGCAUGAAAUCUUCUACAUCACCUUUCUGCCCUGCAUUCACUGGAACCUGGACCCGUUCCUGUGCCGACGCCUCGUCAGCAUCUGGACUAUCGUGAUGUAUAUCGGCCAGGUAACGAAGGACAUGCUGAAGCUGCCGCGCCCUCUGUCUCCCCCUGUGGUGAAGCUGGAGACACGCGUUGACGCAGAGUACGGCCUUCCCUCGACACAUGCCAUGGGUGCCACUGCCAUUUUCUUCACCUUUUUACUCAGCGCUCCAUCCAGGAUACAGUUUCAGUUCGAGGUGGGUCUGCUGAUGGCGGCGACGCUGUCAUCGUUGGUGUGUCUGAGCCGGAUCUACACUGGCAUGCACUCAGUGUUGGAUGUGAUCUGUGGCGCGUUCAUCUCGGGUUUCCUCAUGCUCCUCACGUAUCCUUACUGGGAAACCUUUGACCGCUUUCAGCUGACCAGCAACAUUUCCCCCGUGGUGGCGUUGGUACUGCCCCUCUUCCUCAGCUACACAUACCCAGAGCUGGGCCACUACAGCACCACACGGGGAGACACUACCACCAUUCUGGGUGCAGGAGCUGGAUGUUUUGUGGGUUACUGGGUGAAUGAGCAGCUGGGACAAACCUUUGAGCCUCAGAGGAACCUGUUACCUGUUCCUCUGCCCACACUAACAGUCCAUGCACUGGCAGUGGGCGUGGCCCGCUUCCUGUUGGGAGUCGCAGCUUUAAUUGGGACUCGACAGAUAGUGAAAGCGCUGAGUUUGCAGGUGUUAUAUUCAUGGUACAGGGUGCCAAAGGGUGACGACAGCGCCAGGAGGAGGAGAGAAAUUGAAGUUCCAUAUAAGUUUGCUACAUACACAUCAGUAGGACUUGUAAAUACUAUAUUGGUCAAUAGAUUGUUCAUGCUGCUGGGGCUGCUAUGACCUCGUCACGCUAAGUUGCUAGGAUCUUAUCGU